CUCGCUUACUCCCUCGACUGUAAGAACGGUGGGAUUGAGAUAAGCUUUAAAUAAACUUGCCAAAAUCAUAUAUACCCGUAUGAUAUCCACGAUGUGCUGAGUGCCAACUUCAAUUUGCUUAUUUUCUUAUGUUAUGCAGAAAAAUUGAAGUUUUCGUUGUAUGGCCUGAUCGGAUUUCAUUUUAUUCCCAUUGAGUUUUCGAAGAUUUACGCGAAUACGUUAGAGUGGCAGUGAAAAAUGGGAAAACAUCAUAGGAAGAGGAUGAGCAAAUCGUCUAAGUGCAAAUCACCAUUUACCUCAUCAGAUUUAGAAGAUUUCAGUAGUUAUGAUGGCGAGAAGGAACCCAUGUUUCAAGUUAAAACAUCGAAAGCUAUAGGAAGGUAUAUGGUAGCCAAAAAUGAUAUAAAAGCAGGCAAAAUAAUCAUAAGAGAAAACCCACUGGUUGUUGGUCCAUGUGUUGGAGGAAAAAUACAAUGUAUUGGCUGUUACAAAAACCUAGAGGACGAAGAUAAGAAAUUUAGAUGUAUGGGCUGCGGAUGGCCAAUGUGUUCGAAGCAGUGUCCAGGGAUAGACGAAAUAUACGGUCACACAAAAAUCGAAUGUUCAGUUCUGAAGGAAUGUCAUUCGAAAACCUUCUUCACUUGGGAUGACAUUGAAGACAUGCGAACGAACUAUCAUUCUAUAGUACCCCUCAGAUGUUUGAUCCUGAAAAGUACAGAUCCAACCUCUUUUCAGACACUUAUGGACAUGGAAAGUCACAAUGAAAUCAGGAAAAACAUUCCAGCAGUCUGGUUAUCGAAUCAGAACACGGUAGUGGAUACGAUCUUGGGAAAAUGGAAGCUGACUGAAUAUACCGCUGAAGAAAUACACACCAUAUGUGGGAUCCUCGAGGUGAAUGCCUUCGAAAUUGGUCACCAGGGAGUCAAUAUCAGGGGAAUUUAUCCAACAGCUUUCCUUAUGUCCCACGAUUGUGUACCAAAUACAAAUCACAGCGAUGAUGGGAUAAACUUUACACUGACCGUUAGGGCGUCUGUUGAUAUUCCAGAAAACCAUCCAAUCACACUGAGUUACGCCUACACUCUUCAGGGUACAUUACGUAGAAGAGAGCAUCUUUUGGACAACAAGUUCUUUGAGUGUUACUGUAGGAGGUGUAGCGAUCCUUCAGAAUUGGGUACUUUCGUCAGUGCUCUCCUGUGCCCUAAAUGUAAGACUGGAUACGUUCUUUCUGAUGACCCCUUGAAUAAUGACUCAACCUGGAGCUGUAACAAUACAAAAGAGGAAGGAUACAGCUGUCCAGGUUAUACAAUUUCGUCAAAAUCAGUUAGGCUUUUGAUUGAUAGAAUAAGCCGAGAAUACGAGACCAUCGAUUGCAAUGACAUAGAUUCUCUGGAAUUCUUCCUGAAGAAAUAUAGAAAUGUGCUACAUCCAAACCACUACAUUUGCCUGGGAGUCAAGCUGUCCCUCAGUCAACUGUAUGGCAAAAUUGACGGAUAUCUGAUCUACGAACUGACGGACAAACAGCUAUCCAGAAAAAUAGAAAUAUGCAAGGAGAUAAUGCAGACUUUCGACGUUAUAGAACCAGGCCUAACCAAACUAAGAGGUGUGACUCUGUACGAGCUGCAUGCGCCUCUCAUGGUGUUACUUACCAGGGAAUUCGAAAGAGGUUUUUUAACGAAAGAUGAUAUCAAAAGCAGACUCAGAGAGGUAGUCAGUUGUUUGAUAGAUGCAAGAAAUAUUCUAGAGCUAGAACCAAAAAUAUCCACUGAGGGGGCUAUGGGAGUUGCUGCUCAAGAAGCCUUACUGCAGAUAAAAGACUGGGAAAAGAUAAUUGGGAAAAUAUGAAAAAAUAUUGUUCUUCAAUUGAUUGUUUCGUAUUGGGGAAUGAAUUAAAUGUAUAUAUUUUUU